AUGUCAAGUUCCAAAUUGUGUACUUGUUUUCCACCAUGGCAAGUUCUAGCUCUAGUCGCCACUCAUUUAGACCCAAAAACCCUAGCUUUAGCUUCGUGUGUCUCUAAACAGUGGUUAGUUACAAUGUCCUCCGACCACCUUUGGAAACCCAUAUGUACCCUACACUUCCCGGCGGUCUCAACGCUUCGGUCAGCAGACCCAACGGUUUCCUAUCGCCGCCUCUACUCCAUCGGUAUCAUAUCUGCCUCUCGCCGCCUCCGUCGAGCCCCCGAACCUGUUCUAUCAGUUGGCCACCUUAUCUUCACCCUCAUCGCUUACGCUACAACCCCGAUUGGAGGUGGAGUUGUUCUUGCCGUUGCGACAACGAAGAGGAGGUUGACGCCUUCACUACGUGGAAUGUUUCGAUUCGACGUGGAAGUUAACAAUGGGACAUGGUUGCCACGUAGGUCAUUGAACAAGAUAAGGGUGACGUGGAACGUGUCUCUAGAAGGGUACGAAGCGGUUUUCACGAUGAUGGAUUGUAAAGCGAUCAUGGGACCCGGGAUCGAUUGUUGGAUGUCUGAGGAGUUGCCGUCGACUAGGUGUUGUUGUUCCGGGGCUGAUGAGGCCAACUCUGGGAUGGCUGCGGAAGGACGGUUGAGAAUUGUGGAGAAGGAUGGUAAAGUUAAGAUAGAGAACAUUGGGGUGGGGAUGUUGAGUGUCAUGAGUUGGAGGUAUAUGGGAUUAGAAGAUGGACUUAGGUACUUGGAGCAUUUCUUGUGUACUAAUUAA